CGUGAAUUUUCAGAUGAAGUUUCAGGCAUAUUGUGAAAUACUAACUCAACUGUAUUUUUACAUCAAAAAUAUACUUACUAGAUAAACAUUCCAGAGCCCAGAACAUUCAGUAAAAGGUCUUAUUUCAUCACGCCCAGACCGGGAUUCGAACUUGGAAAUUUCUGCAUUACAAACUGUGAGGUCGUGCCGCUUCGGUCUCCCGUGCGCCCCUCUUCAUACGAGUAGCCCGGGAGUUUUGUAAAUGCGCGCGCGCACGUUCUUCAACUUUUAAACUACUACAGCGUUCACCAAGUUAGCUCGCUAUCCUCUGGCGGCUACUUGUUGGAUCUCGUGUCUAUACUUAAACCCACGAGCUCUUAAAUAUUAUUAAACUAGUCGACCAAUAAAGGUUGUAGUUAUUCUAUGGAUCAUUAAAUUAUAAUUAAGAUCUUUAAUUUAUUUAGAGAUAAUUAUUCCUCUUACCUGUGACGUUUUACCUUAAUGUGAGCACACUAUCUACUGCCUGUGCCACAGAGGCCGAUUUUGUAAAAAGUGUUCUUCUAUGACAGAUUUCUAUAGAUUUAGACUUUUAAUAAUAAACACAGCAUAGGCAAACCAGAAUAAAAAUACAUACCUACAUGCUUAUAGUCACGUCUAUAUCCGUUGCGGGAUAGACAGAGCCAGCUAUUUAUAUAGUCUGAAAGGCCAUAUGGGUUUAUGAUGAAAUUUAGAUUCAAAUAGUGACAGGUUGCUGCCUUUUCGCCUACAGGAGGAAUCCCAAGUUUAUAAGCCUACCCCUUAGUCGCCUUCUAGAACAUCCAUGGUAAAAAUAUCGAGUGGUUCUUGUCUAAAAUGUCGAAAACCACACCAGUACAUAUAGGUACAGUUUGUUGAAUAGCAAACUGCAUUCUAGCCAAAGUUAUUUCAUUAUUCGCUCUCGACUUAAGACUAAGGACCAGGCCACAACUGUGCGUUGCGGCGUCGCAUCGCAAAAAUCAACGACGCCGCACAACGCAUCGUGGAAAAUCCGAUGCGCUGCGCAACGUACAAAUCUGCGAUGCGACAACGCGUUGCCGUUUAGUCGGUGUCCAUACUUUGAACGACCUGCACGUGUUUUUUAAGCGAUAUGGCGGAGUACGAUGUCGACCACCUGAUAUCUUUAAUUUACGAACGUCCCGUCCUUUGGGACAAAACUAUAUCACAAUUCAAAGACAAAAAUUUAAAAACAGAAGCAUGGAGGGAAGUGUGUACAAGUUUAUAUUCAAAUUUUGAGGAGUUAAAUACUGUUGAAAAAUCAAAAAUCGGUAACGAUGUCAUAAAAAAAUGGAGAGGAAUCAAGGAUAAUUUUACAAAAUACGAAAAAAAAUUAAACGAGCAAUGUAAAUCCGGAGCUGGGGCCAAAAAAAUUAAACAAUAUCAUCUAUACGACCAGCUCCUAUUUCUGAAAAAGAAUUUUCAAAAUAAAACAACAUCAAGUCUUGACGAUGAAGAAAUAAGACCAAGCACCUCAACCCAACAAAGCCAGCAACCUGUCAUGCCACGUUACCAGCCUGCAUCGCGUAAAAGAAAAAUUGACGAAGACGAAUUUGAGAAGAAUAUUAUAGCUGCUUUAAAAACACCUGAAAGUAGACAUUUAUCUUUUUUUAAAGGAAUUUUGCCAUCAUUGGAAAAAUUGAAUGAUAAUCAAACAAUAAUUUUCCAAAGUCGUGUCCUACAGAUAUUAACUGAUUUACACCAACCAUCAUACUAUCCCAGCCACUAUCAAACUUCACAAACAUCCGUCCAAGCAAACUAUCAAACAUCUCAAACAACUGUUCAGACUGGCUAUCAAACAGCUCAAAUGUCUAUGCAGAGUGGCUACCAAACAUCCAUUCAACGCAGUGCCUUCCAAAGCGGAUGCGAAACAUCACCGGCGCCUAUGCAAUCGUCUCCACAAACGCCAAGGAAUGAUGAUGUAAAUGAGCCAGAACAAAUUAAUUUCGAUGAGGAACUAACAAAUUUGACGAAUGACACACAAUCGGAUUACGAGUUUUGAAUAACACUAAAUUGUGAAAAUGAUUAAACAGUAUGAUUAUAGUAUAAAUAGUUUAUUUUUUUCUUACCU